CACGUCUUAUCGCAUUCCUUAUCGCUUGACUCUCGCGGGGCGCAAACAAAAUUUCGGACGCAUCUGAUUCUUAAGAAGAGCAUGCAAACCGCGCCAGGAUGCCGCUGAUCGACGAUGGAUUCGAGGCCCUGCUGGAGCCGUUCUACAACGGCAAGAAGCUCACAGAUCCCAUCUCCACCAAGGAGGACAAAUAUCAGCUUUUGCCAGCCUUCCUUAAAGUCAAAGGUUUGGUGAAACAGCAUAUCGACUCGUACAACUUCUUCGUCGACACCGAGAUCAAGGAGAUUGUAAAGACAAACAGGACCGUGAGAAGCGAGGUCGAGAGCAGCUUCUGGCUCGAAUUUACCGAUAUCCGUGUUGGCACCCCGAAUCGCCAGGACUACAGCGACUUCAAAGCUCGCAACGAUGUCACCCCCAUGGAGUGUCGGCUCCGUGACAUGACCUAUUCGGCCCCGUUAAUCGUCGAUAUCGUCUAUACUCGGGACAGGAAGAAGGUCGUGCGCAAGGAUAUCGUGCUUGGCCGGAUCCCAGUCAUGCUGAAGAGCUCGAAAUGCAGUCUGCGGCGUGCCAACAAUGCCCAGAUGGAAAUUAUGAACGAGUGCCCUCUCGACCCGGGCGGCUACUUCAUCAUCAACGGGACGGAGAAGGUCAUUCUCAUCCAGGAGCAGCUGAGCAAGAAUCGAGUCAUUGUGGAGGCUGACAAGAAGAACAACGAAGUCACCGCCUCGGUCACAAGUUCCACCCAUGAGAGGAAGUCGAAGACGUACGUCACCCUCAAGAAGGACCGCAUCACUCUACAACACAACGUUCUGGUGGAGGGCAUCCCGAUUGUCAUCGUCCUCAAGGCCUUUGGAGGCUUGUCGGACUACGAGAUCAUCGAACUUGUGGCAGGACGUGACGGGCGAUACCAGGACGAUUUCAUCGUCAACUUCGACGAAGCCGCCAAGGUCGGAGUCUAUACCCAGCAGCAGGCACUCGAGUACAUUGGCGCCCGAGUCAAGAUGGGUUCGAAGGGAAAGUUCCAGUUCGGCGGGGCGCCUCGCCGAAACAAUGUCGAGGAAGGUCUCGACGCUCUCGCCAACCUCAUCAUCGCCCACGUGCCCAUUGAGGGUCUGGACUUCUACCCCAAGGCUGUCUACAUUGCCAUGAUGGUCCGCCGAGUUCUGAUGGCGGCUCACGACCCGAAACUCGUCGACGACCGCGACUUUGUUGGAAACAAGCGACUAGAACUGGCCGGCCAGCUCUUGUCACUUCUCUUCGAGGACCUGUUCAAGAGUUUCGUUGGGCUGGUCAGGAUGAACAUAGACAAGAUCUUCAAGAAGCCAAAUCGGACUUCCCCCUUUGACCCGGUUGGGACAAUUAAUGGCUGUGGGCUACAUAUCACGCAGGGGCUGAACAGGGCAAUCCAAACAGGAAACUGGAGUGUCAAGCGAUUUCACAUGAAUCGGGCGGGCGUCACUCACGUGCUGAGCCGGCUGAGUUAUAUCAGUGCUCUUGGUAUGAUGACGCGGAUUAACAGUCAGUUCGAGAAAACGAGGAAGGUCAGCGGGCCGCGAGCCCUCCAGCCAUCGCAAUGGGGCAUGCUGUGUCCUUCGGAUACCCCCGAAGGAGAAGCCUGCGGUCUGGUGAAGAACUUGGCCUUGAUGACCCACAUCACCACACACGUCGACGAGGAGCCCGUGAAGAAAUGGAUCUUCAGUGUCGAUACGGGCGUGGAGCCGCUUCGAAACUUCUCGGGGACAGAGAUGCACAGGGACGGUACUUUCAUGAUCCACAUCAACGGCACGCCGUUCGCCUUGACUCGAUACCCGAAACGGUUCGCCGCCAAGUUCCGGACGAUGCGGCGCCGAGGCUGGAUAUCUCCAUUCGUGAGCAUUAACCUCAACACCCACUUCUCGGCUGUCCAUGUCGCGACGGACGAGGGGCGGAUUUGCCGACCCUAUAUCAUCGUGAAAAACGGAGCGCCGAAGCUCAAGCCGGAGCAUUUGCGUCUGCUCCAGCAGGGCAAGGCAACCUUUGAUGAUUUCCUGACACACGGCAUUGUCGAGUAUCUCGAUGUCAACGAGGAAAACGAUGCGCUAAUCGCCCUCUACGAGACCGACGUUACACAAACCUCAACUCACAUGGAAAUCGAACCCUUCACCAUUCUCGGGGCCGUAGCCGGGCUGAUUCCUUUCCCGCACCACAACCAGUCCCCGCGUAAUACCUACCAGUGUGCCAUGGGUAAACAAGCAAUUGGUGCUAUCGCAUACAACCAGUUCAACCGAAUCGACACGCUCCUAUACACCCUAGUUUACCCCCAGCGCCCCAUGGUUAUCACCAAAACCAUCCAGCUUAUACAUUAUGACAAGCUCCCCGCAGGACAGAACGCGACUGUCGUGGUCAUGUCGUUUUCUGGCUACGAUAUCGAAGAUGCUCUCGUCCUGAACAAGGCGUCCUGUGACAGGGGUUUCGGUCGCUGCCAAGUCUUCCGCAAGUACACAGCCGAACUACAGACGUACGCAAACGGGCGUCGGGACAUCGUUGGAGGCCCGUCGAUUGACCCCCAAACGGGGAAAAGGAUAGCCAAGCACGAGAUCCUGGAUGAGGAUGGACUCGCCGUCGUCGGCUACAAGGUCCAUUCCGGAGAGGCGAUGAUCAAGAAGGAGACGCCCAUCGACUCGGGCUCGACCGGCAUCGGCUCAGACCGGGGCCCUGACGAGUACCGCGACGCGUCCGUCUCCUACCGCAUUCCCGACCCCGCGUAUAUCGACAAGGUCAUGAUCUCCGCCACGGAACGGGACCACAGGAUCGUCAAGGUGCAGACUAGGCAGACACGCCGGCCGGAACUCGGCGACAAGUUCUCGUCCCGCCACGGCCAAAAGGGUGUGGUCGGGAUCAUCGUAGACCACGAGGACAUGCCCUUCUCCGACACGGGCCUGGUACCGGACAUCAUCAUGAACCCACACGGUUUCCCCUCCCGUAUGACCGUCGGGAAGCUCUUGGAGUGUCUCACCGGCAAGGCAAGCAUCGUCCACGGCCGCAAGGGCUACGGCUUCGGCGACGCGUUCCGCUCGCACCCGCUCGAGGAGAUGAGCAAGGUGCUUGUAGACCACGGUUUCUCGUGGGAGGGCAAGGACUACUUCACGUCGGGCAUCACGGGCGAGCCGCUCGAGGCCUACAUCUUCAACGGGCCCAUCUUCUACCAGCGGCUCAAGCACAUGGUACAGGACAAGAUGCACUCGCGGUCGCGCGGCCCGCGUGCCGUGCUCACGCGCCAGCCGACCGAGGGUCGGUCGCGCGACGGCGGCCUGCGCCUCGGCGAGAUGGAGCGCGACUGCCUCAUCGCCUACGGCGCCUCCCAGCUCCUGCUUGAGCGCCUCAUGAUCAGCUCCGAUGCCGUCACCCUCGACAUCUGCCAGCGCUGCGGCCUGUUCGGCUACAAGGGCUUCUGCCAGACCUGCAAGAGCACCCGCGAGGUCACACAGAUGACCAUGCCGUACGCCGCAAAGCUGCUCGUCCAGGAGCUCAUCAGCAUGAACGUUGGCGUGCGCCUGCAGCUGGAGGACGAAUUCCCCCACCCCAGGUAGCUUGGCUGUGGUGUGGUCCGGGAGGUUUCCGUGGCUGUUUCUUGUUGCUGCUGCUGUUGUUGUACUCUAGCUACCGUGCAUUGGGAGCGUUGGCGCAUUUUCGACUGGUAGACGAUAUAGAGGGUGGAGCAAAACAAAACGAAGGAAAGGAGAAAAGUGGGUGCCAAUAGUAUUUGGUUCCCGCGUUAUCAUAACGACUUGAUUCACUUGCUGGCACUUCUGUUGUAAUUGCCCAGGUAAAGCGAUGGUGAUCACGCAUCAUAUCUGCAGACCACAUGUAGACUCAUCCUCUCUAAUCCAUAUCUAACCGCGUGUCUUCAUGCCACGUAUUCAUGUCAAUCCAACUACCUGGACGCAUUCUCAAAACGCG